GAGGCGCGCCACUUCCUCCGCGUUCUCCGCCCCGUACAAACUCUCCCUCUCCCUCUCCCUCUUCCUCCUCUCCGGCCGAAGCUCUCUACUCGCUGUCUCAGCAAACCCUAACGGAUUGCGAGCACGUCGUCAGUGGCCAUGCUCUCCGCCAUCAAGGUGGAGCCCCUGUACGCCUUCCCUGACAAGCCAGACCGGCAGCCACCCACCGCCUCGCUGAUCGAGAUCCUCAGCAGCGACGACGAAGACGCCGGAAACUGCUCCGAGGACUACUCAGACUGCGCUGAGAGCGGCUGCGAGAGCGACUGCAAGCGGAAGAAGACCCGGAGCUUGAAGGAUAUCAACGGCGGCUUUCUAGCGAAGAGGAUAAAGCUGGAAGAGCCGGUGGCCGCCAUUCCUCUUGAAUUCCUCGCGCCUCUGCCUGACGAUGAUGAUGAUGAGGCGGUGCCGGUGCCACUGUCUCUGCCCGUGGUUGUUGCUGAUGAUGGCACAGUAGCUCCGGCUCGUCCUGUGAACAGACAGUUCUGGAAAGCUGGGGAAUUUGGGAAGGAUGUUUAUUCGGAUUGUUCCGAGUCUUCUGAGGGCGUGGAUCGGGUUAGAGUUCAUCCCAGGUUUCUGCAUUCCAAUGCCACCAGCCAUAAAUGGGCUUUAGGAGCUUUUGCAGAGCUUCUUGACAACGCUUUAGACGAGGUCUGCAAUGGAGCAACAUAUGUUCUGGUAGAUGUGUUGACAAACAAAAGAGAUAAUAGUAAAAUGUUGCUUGUUGAAGACAAUGGUGGCGGAAUGACCUCUGUCAAACUAAGGCAGUGCAUGUCCCUUGGAUAUUCUGCCAAGAGUAAAAUUGCACAUACCAUCGGUCAAUAUGGAAAUGGGUUUAAGACAAGUACCAUGAGGCUGGGAGCAGAUGUUAUUGUAUUUUCCCGCUGUAGAGGCAGCGAUGGAAAGAGUGCAUCACAGAGUAUUGGAAUGCUAUCCUACACUUUUUUGAAAUCCACUCAAAAGGAGGACAUUUUUGUUCCCAUGAUUGACUACGAAAGGGGACAAUACUGGGAUAAGGUUAUUCGAUCUUCCUUUGAUGAUUGGAGCAAGAAUUUAGAAACUAUAUUGCAGUGGUCACCAUUUACAAGUGAGAGUGAUCUUCUUAAGCAGUUUGAUUUCAUGAAAAAUCAAGGUACGCGUAUAAUUAUAUACAAUCUUUGGGAAGAUGAUGAAGGACAGCUUGAGCUGGAUUUCGAGACUGAUCCCCAUGAUAUCCAAAUUAGAGGAGUAAAUCGUGAUGAGCGAAGCUUAGACAUGGCCAGAAUGUAUCCCAACUCCAGGCAUUUCUUGACUUACAAGCACUCAUUGAGGAGUUAUGCAUCAAUUCUCUAUCUCAGACUCCCGCCUGACUUCAGAAUCAUUUUGCGGGGAAAGGAUGUUCAACAUCAUAACAUAGUGAAUGACAUGAUGCUGACUCAGAAAGUAACAUACCGUCCUCAAGCAGAAAGGGCUGGAAAUGAUUCAGGGAUGGUGGCAGUCGUGACAAUUGGAUUUGUAAAGGAUGCACAUUACCACAUUGAUAUUCAGGGGUUCAAUGUGUACCAUAAAAAUCGGCUUAUCAAGCCUUUCUGGAGAGUCUGGAAUGCCGCUGGUAGUUCUGGCCGUGGGGUUAUAGGUGUGUUUGAGGCAAAUUUUGUUGAACCUGCUCAUGACAAGCAGGGGUUUGAGCGGACGCUAGCCCUUUCAAGACUAGAGGCGCGAUUAGUUGCGAUGCAGAAGAGAUACUGGUCUGAGAAUAGCCAUUACGUCGGUUAUUCUGAUAAAAGAUCAAAGAACAAGAUUGCUGUUACUUCUAAGCAAGAAGAUGCUCCACCCUCUGAUAAGAGCAAGUCAUCUUCUCGUUCAACUCAAAAUGGGAAUGGUCACACUUCUAGAAUGAAGUCCUCCGCAGAGCUUGACAGGAGAUCAACUCCUGUAGCUGAUACAACUGAGGAUAGAGGCUCUUACGAGGUCCCCUGUCCCUGCGAUGAUGUAUCUCAGCGAGAGGUAGCAGACCAGAGAAAGAAUAAUCCCAUAACCAGUUGUUCUAACCGAAAGGAUGGUCUCAUCAAUGGGGAUGCUCACAAUUCGGCUUCCGUGACAGAGGGUGUCACCAAGGUGAAAGAUGAGAAACUACAGUUGGCGACAAGGUGGGAUGAUGAAACCGAACUUCAAGCAGUGGUGCUGCUGAAUAAUAAUUUAACUUCGGAGAAUGAAUCACUCAGAAAGAAAUUGGAAACAGCAGAAAAGAAGAAUGAGGAACUCGAAAAAGAGAUAAGGAUCCUGACAAACAUGAUCGCCGAAGAAAGGAGUCAAAGAGAGGAGGAAGAAGAGAAAUUGAGGAAGAGAUUAAUGUAUGCUUCGAAGACCAUUGACGAUUUGCUCGAGAAGGUGAGGCGGGGACAGCGGAGCCAGAAUUAAAAAACUUAAGAGUCGAAGGACUGUAGGAUAGAUCAAUCUCCAGGGCAAAGGGACGUAUCAGUCGGUCCGUUUGGUUCUGAAGGAACUUUUCGAUUUCUUUUUCAAUGAGAAUUUCUCGAAGAGUUUGGACUGAUCUCGAGUUCUCGACAAAGUAAUUUGAAACUCUUCCAUUUCAGUUCGUUUUCAAAUUUGUGAUUUUCUCAUUACCCCUUCCAAAUCUGGAAGAUACUUAUUGUAUGUAUAGCAGUUUUAGACUGAACCAAACAGAUUGAUCCUGACCAUUGUAUUAUUGGGAAGAGCUGUAUAUAGUGAAGAGACCUCACCAAUACUUCAGGAA